CACCUUGCAUACUGUCGCAUUCAGGGCUUCCGAUCGCCUGCCUCUCGUCGUCAUAGUGUCUUCCCCAUCUUGACGCAACCAUGCGACGGAGCGUUAUCGCUGCGCGGUCUUCCGCAGGAUCCUUGGCUCGCGCCGCCGUUUACCAGCAGCAUCUCCAGCCCCGGCGCAUGUUUGCAAGCGGCACUCCUCCUCCCAGCAAGAGCGAGCCUCCUACGACUCCGGUCGACCGAUCCCAGGACCAGGCGCAUCCCAUCGGUGCCUAUUACGAGGGCGUUCUCAAUGGCAGCAAAAACUACCCGGACACCAAGCCCGAGUUGCCGCCAGUGACCUCCCAGAAAUACCCGACCAAGCUUGCGCCCGCCGAGCCGGAAGCUAAGCCGGAACCGGAGCCGAAGCCGAAGCAGGACGACAAUGCCCAGGGGACGUCCUCCCAAAGUCAAGAUCCCACUCCAAGCAGCAACCCCAGCGGCACCGUCCCAGCCUCUUCCUCUUCGCCCCAAGUCUUCGAAGAAGGCGAAGCCGGCGGUACCCGCAUCAUUUUCUCUGCCAGCCUAGCCAGCGCAGCCCAACGGGCCGAGCGUCUCGCCUCGAUCCGUUCUCAGUCCAAGCUCGUCGCGGGCGUGCUCGUGCCGCCACGGCCCGAAGAGCCCGACAACUGCUGCAUGAGCGGAUGCGUCAACUGCGUGUGGGACCAGUACCGGGACGAGAUGGAGGCGUGGGCGACGGCGACGGCGGAGGCCGAGCAGCGGCUUGCCGCGCAGGAGGCCGGACUGGGCGAGGAGGGUGCGGUGGCGGUUACGGGAGCGGUGGAGGCUGCAGGUGGGGGGAGUCAGCAGAGUCCUACUUCUACUUCUACUUCUACUUCUACUUCUACUUCUACAACUACAGCAGCAGCAGCAGCAGCAGCAGCAGGCGACGGAGGUCAGGAGCAGCAGACGACAGCAGUCAAGGGGACGGAAUUGGCGGGCACGGCGCAUUCGGUGGUCGUCGACCAGAGGGGAGCGGUUAGUAUGGAUGAUGAUGGGGGCGGAAGUUCGAGUAAUUGGGACUUUGGAACGUCUACUGCUACUUCUACUACUGCUCAGAGUCCUGCGACUGGCGCCGCCGGUGCUACGAAGACUUCGACUUCGACUUCGACUUCGACCUGGGACGACAACCUGUACAAGAAUGUGCCGGUUGGUAUCCGCGAGUUCAUGAAGCAGGAGAAGAGGCUAAAAGAGAAGCAUGCGCGCGAGGGGACGGUUGGGUAGUUGAUUUCCGAAUUGACGGUUUCAAAGAUGUUUCAAUGGUGCCCUACUGUGGCAACCGCCAACCAGAUAAAGCCCAUAUAUCGCCCUUCGGCAGGGCCGGA